AUAAUAAAUGCUCCUUUACUCUCUGUUUCAUCGAAUUUGUUGAUACCUACUUAUAUUUAUCUGGCUGCUAAGAACUGGUAUUCUACCGUUAUAAUUUUGUCUUCGACAUGAUAUUAUGUUGUAAUUCUUUUGUCGAGGAUGCGAUAAAGGCAAUCGCUUUCUCAGAUACGAAGUGGCAAUAAAUUGAGUCGCAACUGUCGAAAGUCCAAACAGAGGCCAAUUUCAAAAAGAAGAACAAGAAGAAAUAUAUACUAUCUGCAUCGCUUCUCAAAAUGUCCCAACAAAGUGCUAUCGUCCAAACAACGACGGCGACUACGACGGUCUCGGAAAUGACGCCGGUGCUUGGAACUCUACAGUCCGUGGGACCUAAUAGUCAGACGCCAUCGGUUCUGCCUAACGUGCAAAGCGGCACUACGACAACCGCUGUACAGCCACAAACGCAAUCCCAACAAACUCAGUACGUUCCCCAACCUCCGAAAUCGGUGCAGCAGUCGUCCACUCCAAGUUCUUUUAGCGAUUUUCCACAAUUUUUAACAAAAACGAGGCUACAAGAUUUGGUAAGGGAAGUAGAUCCCACUGAACAGUUGGAUGAAGAAGUAGAAGAGAUGCUGUUACAAUUAGCAGAUGACUUUGUAGAAACAACGGUAAAUGCGGCUUGUUUGUUAGCUAAACAUCGUCAUGCAAACACAGUGGAAGUUAAAGAUGUACAGUUACACUUAGGAAGAAAUUGGAAUAUGUGGAUUCCUGGGUUUGGUACAGAUGAAGUUCGUCCAUACAAGCGAGCUACUGUCACUGAAGCACAUAAACAAAGAUUGGCGCUUAUACGAAAGUCUAUCAAGAAAUAUUAAUUCUUUUGUGAAUUAGUUUUUCACUUUCGAAAAUUAAGAACUUGUAUUUUAUAUAUUUUUAAUAGUCUCUCAACUAUUAUACUGCUAUAGUUUUGCGACAAAAAUGUUCAUCUUGUACAUAAUUUUUCCUUUUCACACACCAGUCGCGUUUCUCUUUUAAAUACUAUUUUACUAUAAUACAGGCGAUAAAAAUAGAUUAG